AUGUGCGACAGCAUCAACCCUGUGCCCACUAACCCCGAAUCCUAUCCUACAUCUGCUCUCUCGUCUGCCCAAUCAACAUUUGGGCUCUCGCCCGCGGGAGGCAUCUGGCUGUCAAAUCCAUGGCAUGGCUCUUCCAGGGUACGAGCCGCUUCGACGCAUCUCCCUUCGAAUCAACGGAUGCCGGAAGUGCGAAGGUGGACGAGAGCGCGGAUCCCUGCGUUUCCCCUUCGGGACGCCAGGCCCAUCGGAGGUAUCGCACUCGGCGAGAUCAACCCUCUGAUGAGCCGAGUGCGCCAGUUCGGCGGUGUCAGCGCUCGGAACAUCUCCGAGUACCUAGUCCCUCUUAUCUCGCUCCCUCCCUCUCUUUCAUCAACCCCAUCCACACCAGUCCAUCGCCGUUCAGUCUCCUCGACCCGCUGA